CGGCACUCCGCUGCGCCGUUUGUGGCUGAAGCCAUGGCAACGAUCACCAGCCUCCACAGCACUCGUCAAGCCUCAUCCUGCAUCAGUUCGCAGUCUGCCCAGGCACGACAAGAACCGCCUCCCGAUGGUGGAGACCCCCGAACGGCACUCCCACCUAUCAAACGCUGUAGGGCUGAAUCCAAAGCCGUUCAAUUUCCUUGUGAACCGAGCUUGAUUGCCGUGAUAAAUCUCGUUUCCGAUCGCUGCCGCCCCGGUGGUGACUAUGCCAGAAGAUGCGGCCGUCGUCGGGGAAGCGUCGAGCGGCCCUGCUGGAGAAUCCCUGUCUUGCGUUACAUGUAGAAGCCGAAAGCUCAAAUGUGACAAAGCAAAACCUGCGUGCACACGUUGCACCAAAGUGAAUGGUGACUGUGUCUAUCCAGAGUCGCGAAGGAAGCCCGCCUUCAAGCGGAAAAACGUAAAAGAACUCGAGGAACGCUUGGCACAGGUCGAAGGCCUUCUGAGGCAAGUUGGAGGGAGUGGGCUCAUUGCCGCCGCUGCCGGUGUGGCUUCUGAUGCUGAAGAUCCCACCGCUGGGUCCAUUGAUGUCGACCCUUUCGAGACGCCCGUGACCGAGGAAGACUUGUUGCAAGAUAUUGACUACGGCAACACACCGGGCAUUCAUUUGAAUGACUCUGCAUUUACUUUCAACAAUCAGGAUCCAACGACAUUUUCAACGAAUGCUUCCAGUCAGUCAUCGCGUACAUGGAACGGAAAUACUCCCACGGGCGAGCUGAUAGACCUUGGAGGCGUCUUCGAGGCUCUGCCCCCUUUUGAGGUAAUGGAAGAACUGAAUCGACUCUUCUUUGAACGGCCGCAGCACUUUGCUCCUAUCAUACAUCCAGGUCGUUAUCUACAGGCCUUCUAUUCCGCUCCUCAUAUGAAGCCACCCAUGUGUCUCCAAUAUGCAAUAUGGGCGAUCACCGCGAACGGGGAUCCCAAAUAUCACACUUAUCAUGAUGUCUUCUAUCAGCGUGCUCGAAAUUACGCCGAGACAGACGAAAUGAAGGGAAUUGGUGAGCAUUUCAUCACUAUAGCGCAUGCUCAAACCUGGUGUGUCCUCGCUUCAGAUGAAGCUAAAUCAAUGAUGUUUACCCGAGCUGCAAUGAGCAGCGCUCGAGCAAUAAGACUUACUUCCAUGAUGGGUCUCCACCAUCUUGACACUCCUCCGGAUGAGUCAAGCCCUACCCUGCUGCCCCCUAAAGAUUGGGCAGAACUGGAAGAGCGGCGCCGCGUCUUUUGGGGAGUAUUCUGCAUUGAUAGCCACUGUUCUAUCUCAACAGGCUGGCCACAUCUGAUAGAUCUGACAAAUGUUACUACUCAUCUCCCUUCUUCUGAGGCUGCUUUUCAUAGUGGAAAACCAAUGGAAACAUGUACGAUUCAUGAGGUUUUCAAAGGCGACCAUUCUUACUCGUCAUUUUCCGGGACUGUAAUAGUAUGCCAUUUGUUCAACAUCAUCCUGAAACACGCCCAUCGCCCAAAAGACAAUGAUAACCCCGAGAACUACGAGUACGGCGAAUACUGGAAGCGCCAUCGCGAGAUCGACAAUACCCUCUCUAGUGCUUUCAUGUUACUGCCAGAGUCGUUUCGACUGCCUGAGAACUAUAGUGAUCGAACAGCUGUUAAUACGAAUCUGAAUCUCCACGCAGCUAUCAUCUGUCUACAUCUACAAGCCCUCGAGAGGAUUGAGACUUACAAAUUACCUGACUUCGCAAAGCGAAUCAGCCUAGAACGACUCAGCGCUGCCGCGCAAGAGAUUGUUAAUAUCGUCAAGCUCACGAGCCACAUGAGUUUGGGCUCGAGAACACCACUGGUCGCGCUCUCGUUGUACUGUGCCGCCUCUGUAUUCAUGCAUUACUGCAUGGAAGCCUAUACGCCAACGAACGCCGAGAAUCUCGACUUUAUCCUAUCUACCAUGGCCGCUAUUGGCCGGACGCAUUUCAUCACGCGUGCGUUUCUACGUCAAGCACUACUCGACAUUGAGCAGAAUGGUGUCCAUGAUAUCGUGGACCUUCCUCACGCGAGACGGCUUAGCCGGAACCUCAGUCCAUCAUUGAACCCUUACAUUCCCUUGUUGGCCAGGACUAGGUUAUCUCGGCACUCGAAAGCGCAGCCUCCGUUGCCUUGCCUGCCAAUUGGAAAGGCCAUGCGGCGCAAUGUGCCACUUCCAUCGGGGACGUGGUCCCAAAACACAGGGCCAUCGGCGCUUAGUUCUGGUUCUGAUGAUCACCCCCACAAACGACAGCGGACUGAAGCUGCUUCAUCAAGUGCAUCAUCCCUCUUUACGAACGCAGGUGCAUCGAAUGGAUUCUCGUAUCUUCCUUUGCGCUCCGAAGGUCCUCCGGCUUCCAGCUACCCCACCUCCACUCCUAACAUUCCUCCAAACACAGAAUCUCCGAAUUCUAACACAAUCGACACCAAUCAGACCCAGAUUGGCGUGACCAUCGCAUCAGGUAUCCUAGGCCACCGCGGCCCGAAACCCUUCACGACGGCGGGUCGCGACGCGUCGCAGACCAUGGUGUCGAAGGGAGGCAUGGGGAGCUGGGAACUUGGGGGGAUGUGUCUCAGCGCCAUGGCUGAUCACGGGGGCACACCCGCCGACGACAAUGUCGCUGCACAGUUCGCCAAUUCUGGUGAUGACCUGGGCAUUAAUUGGGACGUACUAGGCGUGGGUGCCACGGAUACGCAAGGUGGUAAUAUAGUAGAUAGUGGUGAACCUGAUGUCGGAUAGGCCUGGAAAACAGCAUCGACUCUGCGUCUCUUGUAUGAUCUCAUCGCAAUAUAAGUAUAUCGUAUAUAGGCAAAUGUAUAGUACUUCGCAAUUCGGACAAAAUUCUUUACUCAAGUAGACUUCGCGUAUAAACAGGUGUACGCAGAUACCCUGUGCCGCGGCGUCAUAGACCUUCUAUGUAUGAAGAGAAAAGGGGAAAUCUCGUCUGCUAACUUGAGUAGAAUAACAUAUGCAC